AUGUUUUUGUUUUACUUGAUAGCACUUUUUAAAACACUACUAUUGGUUUCAGCUCAAAGUAAGGAGGUACAUAACAUAAAAGUUGUUGACUCAGAGGAAAUCCAUAUAUGGAAUUUUACAAAUGAACAUCAUUUUCAGUCUUCAAAUUUAUGGAAAUUGCUUUUAAAAACAGGAAAUCAAAGCUUUAGUCAAACCAUUAUUAAUCUAGAUGAGCAAAAUCAGACUUUAUUUUUAUCAUCAACUGAUCCCUUAACGUUCUAUGAAUUUCAAUCUGGUGGCUCAAUUACUGAUUUUACAACGAUCGUUCCAGUAAGUGGAUAUUUACAUAUGGAAAAUGAUACAUCUUCAAUAUCACAUAUUGAAUCUCUUGGAUUUGGUUUUUUCCCACCUCCUGGGUUUUUCUUUGGUGGUGGUGUAUUAUUAGUUAAUUUAGCCCAAGAAUUUGGAUUAGAUGGUCUUGGAUUUAAAGCUUUAAUAAGUGGUACAGUAAUAUGUAGAGCAUCAAGGGAUCAGACUAUACAAAUUCAAAAACGUUUAAAAUUUAAAUCGUUACCAUUAGCUAAAAUAAAAAAAUUAGUUUGGUUGCCAAAAGAUAAAUUAAAAAAUAAGUUUUCUAAAGGGAGAAUAUUCCAUAAAUUAAAAGAUUUUAAAAAGCAUAAACAACAAAUUAUUAAAGAUGAAAUAUUUGAAAUUGAAUCAUUUGGUAAUUCAGGAUAUUGGAUAAAAGGUAAAUGGGAAGAUUUGUAUACUUUUUUCAGAUAUAAAAAAUUAGGAUUAUUAUUUUUUAAUAUUGAUGAAAUAAAAGCUCAGAAACCAUUUUGUGAAAGUAGACCUGAGUAUUUACAAUGUCAAGUUUUAAAUCGAUGA